AUGUCGUCACUCAUUUCCGACGCGUUUGCGAACCCCCGCUUCCAAUUGCUUGCCACGGCAGUGCUCUCUGGUGCUACGAUCGCAUCACUCAUCCUCGGCUAUCAGGCUCUGGAGCGCGAGGAGAGAUUGACGGAGCUCAAGAAGUCGAUCCCGUCACUGGUGGAAGACGAUCAUGAGAUUCAAAAGCUCAACAGCUUCGGGGGCUCCAUCGACAGGGAGGACGCGCGAAACCAGGCAUUGGCGCGGCGCGCACAGGCUGGCGACUUUGAUGAGGAGCUCAUAUUGGAGCAGCUGGCGAGAAAUCGCGUGUUCCUGAAGCCCGAGGGUCUGCAGAAGCUGAGAGAGUCUUUCGUCAUCGUGGUUGGGUGCGGCGGUGUCGGCUCUCACUGCGUGGCAUCUCUCGCGCGGUCAGGAGUAUCCAAGAUAAGACUCAUCGACUUUGACCAGGUUACGCUGAGCUCCCUGAACCGCCAUGCCGUUGCGACGCUUGCGGAUGUUGGCAUCCCCAAGGUGCAAUGUCUUCAGCGGAGGCUGAUUGCCAUCGCCCCAUGGGUCAAGUUUGACCUGCAGCAAGAAAAAUUCGACGGCAACGUCGCGGCAAGGAUGCUUGGCCCUUGGGAGGAGGAUGGGUGCGCCCCGGAUUACAUCGUGGACGCCAUCGACAAUAUCGAGACUAAAGUGGAGCUGCUCAAGUUCUGCUACGAUCACAAACUGCCAGUCAUCAGCGCCAUGGGGGCUGGGUGCAAGAGCGACCCCACCAGGAUAAUAGUUGGCGACAUCGGAUCCAGCCGAGACGACGGGCUUUCCAGGGCGACGAGGAGCAGACUCAAGCUCUUGGGCAUCACAUCUGGCAUCCCGGUCGUCUACUCGACCGAGCAGGCCGGGGAGGGCAAGGCCGAGCUACUUCCGCUGGCCGAAGAAGAGUUCGCCAAAGGCACUGUCGGCGACCUCGGAGUCAUGCCCAACUUCCGCGUCCGAAUCCUACCCGUGCUUGGCACAAUGCCUGCCAUCUUCGGCUUGACAGCUGCCAACCACGUCAUCCUGAGCAUCACUGGCUACCCAAUCGACUACGUUCCCGCCAAGGGUCGCGCCAAGAUGUACGAGUCGAUCCUGAACUACAUCCAGGGGUCCGAGGAGAGGAUGGCCCGGGCGCAGGAGCCUGGGAUAGUGGGCCUGAAGACGCCGCUGACUCUGGGCGACAUUGCAUUCCUGUCUGAGGAACUGUACCAUGCACGGAGCAUCGUGAGCGGCAUCCCGACGAAACUCGCUCUUGUCCGCUGGCGCAAGCCCGAGGGGCUCAGCUUCAACGUUAUCGGGGAAGGAAAAGAUGUCCAGAAAUGGUCCACCGUUCGCCUUCGCGACCUGGUUUGCAUGACGAAAGAAGAGGCAGCCAGACACGAGAAGGAGAUCUUCAAGGCGGGCAAAGCGCACGGGGAGGUAUACGAUCAGGAAACGGUGGACCGUGUCGAGUCGAAGCUCGCCGAGGCAGCCAAGUAUGAGGCCUUUAGGUGA